UCUAACCCAACGCGAGCCACCGCUCCCCUCCUCCCAACAAUAACAACACCUCGUCGCCCACGUAAAGUAGGCAAUACAUCAUCUUGAAUUUCCACCGCCGUCGCAUCCGUACAAUUUGAUCGCAUUCAAUCGUAAUCGGCCGUCGCGGGCCUUAUCUAUAGACGAGCUCACUCGGUCACCACCUUCGCUUCGACCAACGUUUCGCUCCGUUCGCUAUUCUCCACACAUCCGUCAAGAUGCGCACUGCAGUCCUGCAACAAUUCUUUCUGGGCUUGUCAGCAUUGUGUGCCGGCACACUCGCUGAAGUCGACUCGUCGUUCCCCGGUCCGAGUGGAACAUCGAGUACGGGGGUUGGCGGUGUGCAGGUCGACAGCUGGUACGGCCUGCUGCGGAGGAACGUCGGAUCGAUGCUGGACAAGCGGGCCGAGGGGAUUCGGACUGAGGAGGAUGUGAAGGAUCUUGAUCUGGAGGCGUGGGCGACCGAAACCGUCAAACUGUGUGCCACCAAGCUGAACUCGACGGUGAUCGCCUCGAACCCAGCCGGCGUGGCUGGCUGCUGGAACCUCCCGCUGCUAGUUGCGAAGACGGGUGUGUUCGCGGCCGAUCUGAGAUUGUUCAGGGUGGCCGAGCCGACCGGUGACUGGGCAAAUGUCGACAUCUCGGCGUACAACAUCUCGGUGGUGUACGAUGGCAGUGCCGCUAUCCAGCCAAGAGCAUUGUCGGAAAAGGAAAGGAGGGCGUCGGAAGCGGGCAUGCCGGAGAACACCAAGCUCGUCAAGUUGAUUGACUCCCAGUUCAUUGGGAAUCUCGCUCCCUCGCUGCUCUCCGAGAAGCUGACUGAUACUGAGCUCAAAGUCAUGGUCACGCCCAAGAUCUCGAUCAGCGCCUUCACCACCACUGGUAAAGCAGUCAACACCACCGUCAGCAUCGAAGACUCGAUGUUUCUGAACGGUGUCUUUGCCGACACACCCGCCCUCAGUGCCGAGGAGACGGAGGAAGUCAAGGAAGCACCCUUCGAGCUCCCCGGCACACGGAUCGAAAUCGUUCCCGCAGGUUUAUACUUUUUCAGCGCAUACCUAUUCGUCGCAUGUUCGAUCUUUGGCUGGGGCACCCUCGAGCGAGCCAAGUUCCGUGAGCAGUACCGCCAGCGCAUCGCCUCGCAAGGGUUCCGAUAGGCGGAUCUACGGUUUUCGGUUUCUCUUGACUUGCGGGGGGUCUAUGGUUUUCGGUUCUCUUGACUUGCGCUUCUUUCCUAUGGGCCCGGUUUAUCUUUCUACUUUACGAGCGGGUUGUCGGUUUAUUCCUUUCCAUUACUACGGAGUUUGGUUUUCACUUGGUUCUUUCUUUUUCUUUUUCUCUUGCGGGUUUGGUGGGGUUGAUGAGGUGCAUUCAGCGGCAUUUUGGGUUUCUUCG